UUUGCAAAAUUAUAAAUAUUUAUUUACAUACUCUCUUGAAUAUAUUUAUAUUAAAUUUAUGAGGACUAACAAAGAAUUGAUUAUUAAUUACAUAUUUUAAUCUAAUAUAUGCGUAAUGUACGAAGUACGAAAAUUUUAAGAAUUCAAAUCGAUUGAUAAGUUACUAUUGUAAAUAAAAGAUAGCUACAUUUUUAUCUUUGGAUCACCCGUAUUAAUCAUAUUAUAGAUAGAUGGUUAUACUACAAAAAUGUAUGCGAUAUAUUACAUUUCUAUUUGUAUAAUUGUUUGUAUGAUAAUCAUUGCAAGAGUAUAUUUUGUAAUGUUUCCUACACAUAAAACAAGCGGAAGGAAAUCGAUUCGAAAUAAACCAGUUAAAACAAUGAUUGUAUUAGGAUCUGGAGGACAUACCGCAGAAAUGAUAAGAAUACUUAAUUAUUUAAGCUUUAAAAAUUACUCACCGAGAGUAUAUGUGUAUGCUGAUACAGAUUCAAUGAGCAUUGAGAAAGUUAAAUAUUUAGAGAAGAAUAAUUUAGAUUAUAAGAUAAUUAAAAUUCGUAGAAGCAGAGAAAUUCAUCAGUCAUACUAUACAUCUAUUUAUAGUACUAUUUAUGCAACUCUGGAAUCAAUUCCUUACUUGUGGAGAGAAUGUCCAGAGUUACUUCUAUGUAAUGGUCCAGGAACUUGUGUCCCUUUAUGUAUAGUAGCAUUCUUGUUUAAAGUAUUUUGUAUUGCGCAAACUACUAUAAUAUUUGUUGAAAGUUUUUGCAGAGUCAAAACAUUGUCAUUAACGGGAAAAAUUUUAUAUUAUAUAGCAGAUUACCAAAUAGUACAAUGGCCAUAUUUACAAGAACCAGAUGACAAAAGUAGUAAAAUAUUUUAUUUCUAAAUAAAAUAACUUUAAUUUA